AUGGACAUUUUUGGCACUAGAGACAGCAUAUUAGAUGACAUACACAACAAAAUAGACCCAUCAGACUCAACAUACAAUAAAUAUAGAAAUGACACAAUAAACGAGAAGGACACACUAAGCGAAUUAGAAAAUGUUCUAUUUAAAGAAAUCAAACAAAAACUAGAACUAGCUUUUCUCAAAAAAUACAUUAAAGAACAAAUGGUCCCUAGAGGACUUAGACUAAAAAAAGACUGUACAUUUGAACUUAAUGAAGAACACCAAAAGGAAUGGUAUGAUAUUUUAGAAACGGCCUCCAGCAAACUUGUAAAUGUGAUUAUAAAAUCUAGAGAAGCCACAACACAGGACUUAGGGAUAAAAAUUCAAAAUUGCAAGGAAAUCCUAGACAAAAUCACAUUAAGUGAUACAUUAAACACCAAACAACAAGAAAUAGCAAAAAGACUAGGUGACCUAAAUAAAGAAAUCCUUGAAGUAAAAUGGAGGAAAUUCAAUAGAGACUUAAACGACUAUAAGGGAACAGAAAAUCAAGACUCUGAAGCUAAACUUGAGAAUCACAAACAUUUAUUUAGCAGUAGAAAACCCACUAAUGAUAUAGAACUUAUCAACAAUACAACACACCAGACACCACAGAGUGAUCACCGAGAAAGAAUUACUAAUAGAAACACUAUGCACAAUAGGAACCUCAAUGAGAGACAAUAUGCAAACCAUUAUGAUAAGCAUUAUAACAACUACAGUAGAAACAAUAGAAAUAAUAGAAAUAAUUUUAACAGACAAUACAGCACAUAUGGUCAUUACCAGGACUAUAGAGAUCACAAAUCACAAAACUAUGAAUAUAGAAAUGGCUAUGAACACAGAAAUCAAGGAUAUUGGAGGUAUAAUCACAACCAUAAUAGACACCAAGACACGACAAAUAGAGAACAAAGACGAAUUUCUACGCACCAGAACUAUAGACAACAUCACGAUAAUCAACGAGAUUUUCUUCACUAUAGUAAUGAACACUAUAGAAAUGAAUACCACAGAGGUGAAAGAGGACUAAAUAGGGACUCGCAUAACCACAAUCAAAGGUACUUUGAUAAUGAUAGAAACAUGAAUACUAGACACAAUGAAGAUCACACACACAAUAACUGGAGAAAUCAAUACACAGAAGAAAUAGAUUGGGAAACACCAACAAACCACCAUAGGAAAAUUCAUUCACCAAGACACAAAGAAUCACAUAAUAAUGAGAGACACAACAAUCACCAGACGGACAGGAACAUUGAGAGUACUAACAGAUACAGUGCACUAACUCAUGAAAAUGAAGAAAACAGAACUCCAACAGUUUCAAUAAAAGCACAAAGCUCUAGGUUGUCUUUUUUAGAAGAAGGCCCAAAUCAAACCCACGAUCCCCCAAAAGGCAAAAGAAGGUUAGAGGACACAGAGGAAGGGGAGGUAGAACCAAAGAAAGUACGAAAAAAUCCAAGUAGUACCAAAAGGAAUUUUCAAUCUAAGCAAAACAACACUUAA